UUGGGAUUAUGCAAGAACGUGCAGUUGAGCGCAUUUGAUCCAAAGCAUUGCUUUGUGUCUAUAGCGUGAGUUACAUUCAUCACAAAUUGAUUUUAGAAUAAGGACUGUCGUUUCAUCAACACGUUUUAAUUCCACGCAACUGGUCGUCGUGUCCUGUAUGUGCGAUUGGUGGUAGGAAAGAGCAAACACAUGAGUGCUUUUGUUCAGUGAGAGAAUUCUGACUCUCUUCUUUAUUUGACGAGGUUCUAAUCUUCUCGCACAAUUCAUUGGACGCUUCAUUCUACGGUCGCACGGAGCGCCAACAAAAAGUUCACUCUCCGGACUUGUAGAGUGGCAAAAACCAACCAACCAACCAACCAACCAACCAACCAACCAAACAAAAAACAACACAGUCUCUUUGGGAAAUGAGCCAAAGUAGCAGAGAGGAAUCUUGGAGCACAUUAUGGCCAGCCAGGGACAAAAUUGUGACUGGCGAAGAUGCGCCGGAAGAAAAUGGCUUUUUGGCCAAAGAGUCCAAAGGAGGUGAGACGAGCCGGCUGAACGAAGCUGGCAUUGAGAAAAUUUACGGAACACAUGACAGGGGCGAACAGAGCUGUCACAGAGCGAUUGAUGCGCACAAGGAUUCGCCCAAGGCGCAGUUCUACGUGGGCGACCCUCCCUCUAUUAAUGCCUGCGCUUCCAUCUCGGAGACAGCCCGUGAGCUCUGCAAAGCCGUGUCCGCGUCUCUGGGGCUCACCGUGGACAGUGACGCCAGCGACGCUGAACACCCACUCCCGCAGUCCGCCUCCAGCGACCACCUCCACGCCACCGCUUGUUCAUACCAAGUAGACCCCAAGUACAGGCGCUCCACCGGACAAGAAGAACGAGCCGUGAUGUUUCAAAGUUCCGAGGCAACUUUAUCACAGCAGCACAUCAAUCCGAACUCUUCUUUUGAGUUCACGCUCGUAGACACCUCCGAAGUAACUUCGAAACCAUUUGACCACAUGGCAAGCGUUUUCACCCCCAGCGUGCUGCACGAGCGUGACUGCGCCGUGGCACCGUCAUGCCGAGCCUUCAAGCACCUGGCGGUGUCUUCAAGCUACGGACAAGACCCCGGUGGAUACCAUCUUGAUCAAUACGGCGGUGGAUACCAUCAGCAAUACGGCGUUGGUGUCAAGUCAGAGGAGCCAAACGGGGCGACGAAUGACACGCAGUGGGCCAACACUUACACCCACGGGGACAGGUACAACGCUCAGCUUUGGGGGACGAGGCAGUGCGUGUCAACACCGAGCACGAGUACGGCGAACGCGGCGGCGUAUCCAUACGAGCCGUACGAGAGAAGCGCAGGACGCACCGAGCCGUGGUACCCCACGAGUGGGAUGUUAAUGCCGCCAUAUGCCGACAACAACUACAUCAAGACCGAGGUGGGACAAUGGGUGGAAGUCUCCUACAACGAAUCAAGGUUUGAGACUGGCAGAGAGCACAUGUUCCCCAUGGAAUACUUCUACCCGCCACAGAGAGCAUGUCUGAUUUGUGCGGACGAGGCAUCUGGGUGCCAUUACGGUGCGCUCACCUGUGGCAGUUGCAAGGUUUUCUUCAAAAGAGCGGCUGAAGGCAAGCAAAAUUACUUAUGCGCCGGCAAGAAUGACUGCACCAUCGAUAAACUGAGAAGAAAGAACUGCCCAUCUUGUAGGCUGAAGAAGUGCUUUAAAGCCGGGAUGACUCUUGGAGCACGCAAACUGAAAAAGUUAAGAACUUCAGAGGACCAUCUUGGUAUAAAGAAACCAGAGAGUAUCCCAAGUGUGUCGAUCCUGAGUUCCACCUCCCACGUGGUCUUCUUUAACGUCUUGGAAUCCAUUGAGCCGGAGGUUGUGAAUGCAGGCCACGAUUAUUGCCAGCCUGACACAGCAGCCAGUCUGCUCACCAGCCUCAAUGAGCUUGGAGAAAGACAACUCGUCAAAGUGGUCAAAUGGGCUAAAGGACUCCCAGGUUUUAUGACUCUACACGUGAAUGACCAAAUGACUGCCAUCCAGAAUUCCUGGAUGACUGUGAUGGUGUUUGCCUUGGGGUGGCGCUCUUAUAAGAACACCAACGGCAGACUGCUAUACUUUGCGCCUGAUCUGGUCUUCAACGAGGAACGGAUGCAAAUCUCCACCAUGUACGAACACUGCGUCCGAAUGAAGCACAUGUCGCAGGAGUUUGCUUUGAUCCAGCUCACGCAGGAGGAAUUCCUGUGCAUGAAGGCUCUGCUCCUCUUCAGCAUUCUUCCAGUGGAAGGUCUGAAGAACCAGAAAUGCUUUGAGCAGCUGCGCAACACCUACAUCGGCGAACUCCAACGGCUGGUUAAUAAGCGUUGUGCGUCUGGUUCAGAGAGAAUCUACCAUCUCACACGUCUGAUGGAUUCCCUCCACAUAAUGGUCAGAAAGCUGCAGCAGUUUACAUAUGACCUGUUUGUCCAAGGCCAGUUGACCAACCCCACGGUGAAUUUCCCAGAGAUGAUUGGAGAAAUCAUCUCAGUCCAUGUGCCAAGGAGCCUGGCGGGUCUGGCUAACCCCAUCAUGUUUCACAAGUAGACGGUGGAAUUUUCCAAACUAAGUAUCAUCCCUUUGCUGCCAGCAAAACUUUAACAAUGGCUUUGUACUGUUUCCCGCUAAUUAUGAGCUCAUAUUCAUAUUCUGUGAUAAUUUUAUCUCUUCUUUUAAGCCAUAUUUGACUUUUGUGUGUGUGGGUGGGAGGCUGGGGGGGUGUUCAAGCUUGCCUGUUUCUGUUUUGUCAGUCCAGCUGAGAUGCUACAAAGCAAACACACACACAUCUGCUACCAGGCUGGGAAAAUGUUUGACACUCUUCAGACACUUCAUUAGGUACACCUGCCUGAGAUCCAAUGCAAAUUUUUUUUUUUUAAAUUGCUUUUCCAAAAAUAUUGCUCAGUCAUGUCGGAUAUUACCUGAAUCAGUCCCCCCAGAAUUUUGUUUACUAUUUGGGGCGAUUACUGGCGACAAAAAAAGCAAUAUGUU